GGAGAAAACAGCCUGUUAUGGUAACUCUUCCCACCGGAGCGAUACUAAGUUUAAGGCAAUAACCUCCACCGGCCCAGGAACAUGAGACAAGAAUAUAAGAGGAGGAUCUACCCUAGAAUUAUCAUUAACAUUAUUAAAUCAAAGUCUCUAUUCUCGCACUCAAUAUACCAACUACUUUACCCUCUAUCACACCCAAAUCAGCCCAACACCAACCACCACAAUGGCGCCCAACACCAUCAAAGUAACCCUCACCCAACUCUCCAAAAUGAUCGACCACUCCCUCCUCCACCCAACAAUGACAGACGCCGUCAUUCUCAACGGCCUCAAAAUCGCCCGCGACAACAACGUCGCCACAGCCUGCGUAAAGCCAUACCUAAUCCCACUCGCCAAGAAGGAACUCGCCGGCUCAACCGUCAAGGUCUGCCCCGUCAUCGGCUUCCCACACGGCAACAGCACAACCGAGAUCAAAGUCCUUGAAGCCACCGAUGCCGCGAAGGCCGGAGGCGCUGAGAUUGAUAUGGUUGUUAAUGUUGGCAAGGUCCUUGGUGGGGACUGGGAAUAUGUCACAAGGGAGAUUCGUUUGAUUAAUGAAGCGGUCGUUGACAACGGCGCUAUACUGAAGGUGAUCUUUGAGAACGACUAUCUCCAGUCUGCGCAUAUUGCGCGCCUAUGUGAAAUAUGUACUGAGAUUGGUGUCGCAUUUGUUAAGACGUCGACAGGGUACGGGUUUGUCAAGCAGGCUGAUGGGUCGUACAACUACAAGGGUGCGACAGUGCGAGAUCUGAAGCUGAUGCGAGAGAAAUCUGGAGAGAAAGUCCAGAUUAAGGCCGCUGGGGGUGUACGGACUCUGGAUGACUUGCUGCAUGUGAUGAGCUUGGGUGUGACGCGCAUUGGGGCCACGGCUACCAUUGCGAUUCUGGAGGAUGCUAAGAGUCGUGGGAUUGGUGAAGAGCCUGUUGAGGUUGAGUUUAAGCCGAUGAAGGAGGAAGGUGAAAGUGGUGGUUAUUAGAAAACUCUUUCCCGAUAUGAGAAUGUUUUAUCUGGUUGUUUCUUCCAAAUAUAUGAAUCUAAGAUCUGUUUUUAGAAGUAUUUAUGGCCCAUAGACGGGAUUGGAGGCAGCUUUUCGAUGAAAGA